AUGGUACAGGGGGUGGAAAGACGGGUUAGUCACCAAAUGAACACCGGAACUAUCAGCAGGCGGACUCUGAGGAGGAUAUUGGAGCGGGGAGCGGAGCACGUGAAAGUCGCGCUGUACAAGGGCGGGGUGGAGCUGCACCACAUCACCUUCGACGGCUCGUCCUCCAACUUGACAUCCUGGUUCUCACCAGACAGGAUCCUGGACACGUCCUGGGACGACCCUCAAAAUGCCACCUAUUUCGCCCUGGAAGCUCACCGGUUCCUCAUCUACGGACCUUACAACGGCUGUCCCACGGACUACGGCUGGAUGCUGGUGGUGGACUCUCCCCAGGACAACUGUCCCAGUAUCCUGUCAAACAUGCCAACCUGGCCACGCUUUAUCUACUCAACGGCUACAACCCGAGUAACGUGGUCUGUGGGCGGCUCGGGUGUGGGACACGCCGAGGUGUUUGCCGUCUUUGUGAAAUUGGCAACACGCUGAGUGGGAUUUUUUUUCCUUUUGUUGUCGUGGUAGAAGCUUCUGAGCACAACUAUUUUCUUCAAUUUCUCAAGUUAUUUUUUUCACCGUUUAAAGUUUCGAAAGUUCAUAAAAAUACAUGCUUUUGGUGAGAAGUAAAAUGCAAUAAAAAAAAACAACACAAUUUUGAGACAGUGAAUCACCCUGUGGAGUACUAUAAUAUUAUGUCGUUGUACAAGUAUUUCCUUUGUGAAGGCUCAGCUUUCAAAAUAAAGCCAUUGCUAUGUU